AACAAAAAUAGAGUAUUAGAGUUGAUUUGAGUUUCCAAUCAAUCUCAAAUUUUCUCAAAUUUUGGAUUGGAUUGGUGACUCAACCGUUACCUCUAGUUGCUUUGAAUGAAAUUAAUCGAAGUGAUUUAUUGUUGUUUUAAUGUCAUAUCAUCGAAUUCAUAGAUGGUGAAUCGAGAACUCUAUAUAUGCACGUCGUCAAAGCGGGAAAGGGUUGAAAGUUGACAGAAAUGGAAGAAUCUGUCCAGAUCCGGUGAUUCAUCUAAUUCAUCUUCCAUCCCUUUCGCUUCUUCGUAUGCGACACGUAAACUGGGGAAGAUUUCGCUGCGAUUUCUGUUUUAUGAAGGCAAACAUGGAGGAAGGAGACGAUGGGGUGUAGGCGUUCGUAAAUUUUUCUGGAGAUUUGAGUAUCGACAGCCAUGAGUUUAUCGAGCUCAAGUUUCUUCACGGUGAGCGAACGGAUCUGUGCGGCAUUUAUACCAAUCAUUGCGGUUGUAGAGGCCUUGAUUUUGACGAUGAGCAGGUGCUUUGAUUGUCGCCAUGAGAGUGAGAAAGGUCGCCGCUGCCUUAGUGAACUUUCUCGGCUUGCUAGUGAAACUAGAUUUUCUACCAAUGAAGUGGAAGCGCUGUAUGAGCUUUUCAAGAAGUUGAGUAGUUCGAUUAUUGAUGAUGGAUCGAUUCACAAGGAGGAGCUUCAGCUGGCACUUCUCAGAAGUCCAUAUGGCGAGAACCUGUUUCUGGAUCGGGUAAAUGCAAUAAAUCAAGUUUUUGAUCUUUUUGAUGAAAGAAAAAAUGGAGUGAUUGAAUUUGAUGAAUUUGUCCAUGCUCUUAGCAUUUUCCAUCCCCAUGCACCUACUGAGGAGAAGAUUGACUUUGCGUUUAAACUCUAUGAUUUGAGGCAAACGGGGUUCAUUGAACGUGAAGAAGUUAAGCAAAUGCUUAUAGCAAUCUUAAUGGAAUCUGACACGAGGUUAUCCGAUGAACUUCUCGAAGCAAUUAUCGACCAGACAUUUGCUGAUGCUGAUGCUGAUAAGGAUGGAAGAAUCAGCAAGGAAGAGUGGAAGGCUUUUGUAAGCAAACAUCCAUCUCUUUUGAAGAACAUGACCCUUCCUUAUUUGAAAGAUGUAACGACGAUAUUUUCCAGUUUUGUUUUCAACACUGAGGUUGAAGAUUAAAAAUUUCACAGCCACUUUUGCAUUGAACUGAAAUCACUGGAUCUUACUUCAUUAGAACUGAGGAAGCAUCGAUGCGAAGGUAUCACUCAGGCCAAAACACUCUGGUUAUUCCAUCUGUGCAUUGUACAGUAGUAUCAUUUUCCAGGUUUUGUGUAUCAUUUCUUGCCAGCGCUCUACCAUUGUUAUUCUAGCUAGCUUGUUCAUAGCCUAAGAGAUGUGUUAGAAUCUACACAUGAAUGUAUUUCUUGACUUUGAUACCGAUACCGAUAUCGAUAUCGACAUCGACAUCUUUUUGUAUGCUUUUCUAGUUGUAACGAAGUUUUGGUCCUCUUCAUACGUGUACAAAUUGAGCACAAAAUAAAUGGUGAGUGAGCGAACAAAAUUAAUAAAAAUCGAGACGAUUUGUUUUUUCA